CAAAGUGACGCAAAGACGAAUUCGUUAGCUUUGAACAUUUUGCUUUGCCGGACAUGAACUAACUUGAAGACCCUUAAGGUCAAGCAAGGGCGCCUUCCAAAAUGACAACCCUUCGUCCUGGUGAGCUAUCACGCACGCUACGUAGUCCUCAAAUACGUUAUCGUUUGCAACCUACACGUCUGACAUCAAAUAGUUUCGAGAUGUGGAGUACAUCUUUUAAAGUUUCGCCAGAUGGCCUGCAACGCUGGAGGAUCAAGGAAACAGUUGCCAAUCGUUGUAAAUACAACAACAGCCGACUUCCUCCCUUGUUGGGCGAGUACUUGCUACAAACAGUGCCUCCUUUUGAACUGGAUGAAAAUUUUUCCGAUUCACUCGUAGAAAAGGUUAUACAGGAUUGCCAGAAUAAAAUCGACAACCAUCCAUUCGAAGUUUCCGCUGCGCUCCUAUAUUUUUCCGUGCACAACGAUGUAGCUGACAAAGAGUCAUUCUUAAAAAGUCUCAAACAGAAAAAGGAUGCUGCUAAUCGUACUGCGCUGCACGACAUUUUGACAACAUUGGUCACGUCUUCAUGGGAUUUGGACAGACUACAAAAGAAAGUGGUGAAUUAUGUUAUCCAGAAGUCCAGCCUGGGCAGCCCUAAUGACACUGCAACCGUGCAAGACUGCGCAGCCGCGCUCUCCAGUGUAUGGCCAAAUGGAAGUCUCGAGAAAUUUCUUUAUUUAACUCCGGCGCAAAAGAAACUAGAAGUCGAAGAUUAUCUUCUUUUGUCGACCGGUGUCAGGCUUUUCAAUAAAGCAAAACGGCGAAGUAAUGCUGAAAUUACAGAUGUGCCGGAGAUUCUCAAGGAACAGAUCAGCUCCAUUGCCGAACGGCUUCUAUCCUUGAUGCAGGAAGCAAACGAGGAUAAAAGGCUUAUUCGUGGCUAUCUUCUACAAUUAAUGCACGGCAAAAAUCCCCUGCAAGCCGAGGAAUUCAACGUUUUUAAAGAAAUUCUGAUAUUUUUGGAAGUUUAUCACGACAGCCUCACGCUUAUAAAUAAUCAAGUCAAGGAAAGCAUUAGUGUGCUGGAAAAAUCACAGCAGACUUUUAAUCGUAACGUUGAUAUGCUGGAAUCCAACUGCCGCAACGAAAGAUUAGUGGCUGCAAAUGUCGUUUUAACGGACAGCAUUCGUGAGAAUCCCAUCAACCUUCAAAAACCACUGUUUAUUUCUAUGGCACAAGAAUGGUCAUCCCUGCAGAGCGAGCUGGCGUGGUGCGAAUUUUUGGAUAAAACAGUUAUGAACAUCCAGGCGAAGCUUCAGAUGUGGAGCGAUCUGAAAGCUUCAAGGAAUUUAAAUUCUGUAUUAAAUGUUCAUGUAACACCGGAAGAAUCUCACAAAUCGAUUGCCGCAGAUCAGUUUAAUACUGCAGAAGUAAGGCUAUUACUGAAGGACACCACUCCUGGUUUCGAAGCCAUUAACGUGUCGCUCAAGGGAAAAUGCUUGACCACGCUGAUCGAUUACAACGGCCUUCUUUUUGAUGGGGACAAAAACCUGGGCCUAUUGCAUUAUUCAGGAGAGAUAUUUUGCUUCAAGAGUCCCAGUGAUGCACUUGCUUUUGCGAAUGAUCCAGCGAAGUACACCUCAGGCAUGGAAGAAGUUUUUCGGAAUAUCCCCAUACUGUCCAAACUGCUGCGGCAUAAUGCUGACUUUGUAUGUCAUAGCCAGGAAAGCGUGUUUAGGACAGAACAAGGAAUCAAUGUGGAUAAUUCGAUGCAGACUGUCUUACAUCCGAUUCCAUCUAAUAUUGAUAAAUCCUAUGAAUGGAAUAUAUGGAGCAUAAGAAAAAAGGCCUACGAUGUUUUUCGGAUCACGCAGUGCUCUACGCACUCCUCUCAAACCAAUUUUAGCGCCUUUAAGAACGAAUGCUCUAUGCAGACCGUGAUGUCGCCAAGAAAUCGUGAGAUUCAAACAAAGGUCACCACUGCCACAGCUGCAACUCGCAAUAUUCAGUUCUUCUCGGGACUUCGUGGAGGCCCAAAUGCGUUCAAUAAAACGCACUUUCACCAGUUAGAUUUAACACUCAGCAGACCACCGAUACAGCUUGGAGACAAGCAGCGAUCUCAAGCCGUGUGCGAAGUGCCUAGCAUCGCGACCCAAGUGUGCGAAAUCCCGGAACCGAUUUCGUCUGCUUCUUUGGGCAGCGAUCGUUCUUCCUGGACGACAGUAGCUACUUCUACUACGGAGUCUGGCUACUCUGAUGAGGGUGGUCUUGGUUUAUAAAGCGUUUUUGACGAAUCAGUGUCCGACAUGGUUACUGGCUUAUGGGUGAAAUAAUGGGAAUCAGUUGUACUUACACGCGCUACGCAUUGUUCACCUAAUAUUUUUCGCCACUUUGAGUAUUUUAUAAAAAUUAGUGACAUGAUAUUCGUGAUCUUCCGAGAUUGCGGGCAUCUUAAUACAAAGACAUAAUUU